AUGAUAUUCUCACCUUGCCCUGAUAACGCAAAGGACUUCCUUCUACUCUUUGACCACAACUGCUGUAGCUUUUACUUUGAGCUGCUUUUCUAUUUUGAGAGGAUGUCUCGCCGCUCCUACAUUACGGGUUUAAAGUGGGUACUUUACGGAUAG